AUGGCUGUAUUGCAGUCAGUUAUACUUGCUGCUGAUAGUGACGCAACUAAUGUAUAUGUGUCUGUCUUUUUUUUAGUGGUCACAGGAGCUACUGACGGAAUUGGAAAAGCCUAUGCAGAAGAGUUAGCAAGACGUGGAAUGAAGGUGGUUCUAAUCAGUAGAUCAAAGGAAAAACUAGACCAGGUUGCCAGUGAAAUAAAGGAGAAGUACAAAGUGGAAACAAAAGUUAUUGUGGCAGACUUUGGAGAGAGAGAAGAUAUUUACAGUAGAAUCAAAGCGGGAUUGGAAGGCCUGGAGAUUGGCAUUUUAGUCAACAAUGUGGGAGUUUCAUAUGUUUAUCCAGAAUAUUUUAUUGAUGUUCCAGACCUGGAUAAGACGAUUGACAGAAUGAUUAACAUUAACAUCAUGUCUGUUUGUAAGAUGACACGAUUGGUGCUGCCCAGCAUGCUGGAAAGAUCAAAAGGAGUAAUCCUGAAUAUCUCCUCAGCUGCUGGGAUGCAUCCAACUCCACUGCUGACUCUUUACUCUGCAACAAAGGCUUUUGUGGAUUACUUCUCCCGAGGUCUCCAUGCAGAAUACAAGAGCAAGGGCAUCAUUGUGCAGAGUGUUCUACCAUACUAUGUGGCAACGAAAAUGUCUCAAAUCCGCAAGCCAACCUUCAGUAAGCCCAGUCCUGAAACAUAUGUAAGAGCCGCCUUGGGCACGGUAGGCCUGCAGUCCCAGACCAAUGGAUGCCUACCGCAUGCAGUCAUGGGCUGGCUCUUAUCUCUUCUACCUUCACCUGCUGUCAUGAAUUUGCUCAUGAGAACAAACAAACAAAUACGUGCUCGUUAUUUGAAAAAAAUGAAGCAAAAGUAGUUUGCAUGCAACUUGGUCGUGGAAGCCUGGGACACCUGCAGGUUGCAUACCCACAUUUCAGCGCUGAGUAGACCUAAUGUUUUAAACACCUUCAGUCGUAGAUGUGUUUUCUACUAAGGCAAAACAUGAUCUUGUUUUGAAGAUACAGACAAAACAGGAUUCUUGACUUCCGAUAUGAAUUUCAAAAUAGGCUUUGUUUGUUUAUAGAUAUGUUGAGAGGGGAAGUGCUUCGAACUAAAAUUGCACUGUGCUUUAAGAAAUACUUAUGUGGGCUUGACCAGACACUGCCCUUUUGAGGAACAGCUUGGUUAUGUAGUGUCCAUCAAGUCUAUGUGUUAUGGGUGUGGUGAAGGGAAGCGCGAUAGUGGUUCUGCCUCUUAUUCCCUGGAAAGGUAGGGAGGAAUGGGAAGGGAGCAUAUUUAGAAAGGUAACCUGGCACUUUUCACAGAAUAUAACUUCUUCCCAGUUCAGGUUUAGAGCCUCUACUAUUGCUCUGCGUUGUCAGCCAGCUAGUGAGCGCUGGUUACAUGGUCUGGUCAAUGGAAGCUGCACACCUUGGGCGGGCACACGGGGGGCGGGGGGGAAGAGCUCGGGGGCUGCUUUUGGACUAUGUAGAGAUCAAUCCCUCUGUAAAACAAGAAUGCCCAUGUUUCAGGCCAAGUUGUUUUAAGUUGUUUUAACUUAGAAAGGAUUCACCAAUUCAUGAAGCGAUCCUUAAUGUGAUCAUUUUAGAAGUCCAUUCAUGGAGCUUGCCUGCUAGAUUGAUAUAGGUUCUUGCACCAAAACCUGAGUGAUCAUUUAGGUGAACUUCAAGGGUCUGGUGUGACUUUUGGUUAUGAACUGAAGGGAAAAGGACCAAAGAACACAAGUGUAAUUCCUCAUCUAAAAAUAUAUGCAUAAAAUAACAUUACUAAAAGUAUUUGCAUUAUUGGUUCUUGAAUGUGGAUUCUAACUCUGCAGUAACAUGUGAUCUUUGAUUUGUAAUAACACUUUUAAAAGUUCAGUGCCCGCUCUUUAUAGUAAAUGGUGAUGACACAGUGUAGAUAAAUGUUACAAGUUGUGUGCUACUUGUGGGUUGCAAUGUAAAAGAUUGCUGGUACCUUAAAUACAGAGCUUGAAAUGAGUGACUACUCAUUAGCAAUGAUGGUUAAAUUCUUUCUGAAGUAUGUAUCACUGACUUCUGUUGAGGCCUUUUGAAAUGAGAAUCCUGAAUAUUUGAAAUAGCUCUGAAAAUAUAAUAAUUAGAACCAAUAAACCUCUAUAAACGUAGAACUUACACCAGUUGAAGCUUGAUCUGAGCGCUGUGGGCUUCUGAAUUGAGAAAAAUGGAAUUGUUAGGAUGUAGUGUGACAUGGAUGUAAUGGAGUUGUUUAAAAUAACUGAUUUGUUUCAUAGUUCUGUUCCAAAACUGAGUGCUCCAGUAAGGUUGGAAUUAUCCAGCCCCAAGAGAGAGGGAUCAGAGUACAUGAGAAGUCUGCACUACUGUUGUCUGUAUUUACCUGCUCCUUUAAAUAUUAAAGAUUUUGAUCUCUAACCUCUCUUUUUAUGAAUGUGAAAUGUACUAACUUUCAAACCAAAUUAAACUGCAAAUAGCUAGCUGUUUUCUGUGGCGACUGCCUUUGGUUAAAGACUGGAGGGUUGUUUUCUGUACUUGGAAGAAUAAUGUCAAGCUCUGGUUUUGAAUUUAAGUAUCUUAUACUGAGACAAGAUUUGAGGCUAACAUUUCUGUACAUUGAAAAUACAUGAAUACCGAUGCAAUGGUGCUGAUCAGAUCUGAGAUGCAGAUGCUAUCCCAUAGUUUGCUUAAUUUUUUUGGAACAGGGAUGGUGAAGUCAGUGCUACUAGUUCUGUAAGAGCAUGUUCCUUGGCUUGCUCUGGAGAUGAUAUGGAAGCGUUGGACUAACCAAUCUGUAUGUUCUUUCCCUUUGUAAAACAAAUAAAUGUGAUUUACUCUGAUUCUUUAA